AUGCCAAGUAUCAACAAAGCAAAAUCAAACGAAAAAAAUAACGAGACCGAACCUUCGUUAAUCAAUCAAGAAGAAACAUCUUCGAACACCUUCAUUCAAAAAGAGGUGAUAACGAUGGAAAAUAUACUCGCACAAUACGAAUUAAAUAAUUUACGCGCACAAGAACAAAGCCAAACACAGCCAAUACCAAUACAAGUGCCAAUAAUAGGUGGACACAUGGAAACAGAAACUCGAUUCUGGGAAUUCAUAAUAGAGGACGAAACCACGACCUAUAUACGAUACGGAAACAUUCUGUCGGACGGGACGCUUAAAGAGCGGGCGACGCAAAUACAGCGACAUCCCUCAUCAAAACAGGCGAAGGCGUUUGUAAAGAUGUUGAUUGAUGAGAAAGUUAAAGUUGGAUAUGUUGGAUGGGCAAAUUUCGAAAAUUAA